ACAUAUUAUCAUUUAUUUCCCGCUAAAACUUGUUUGAGUGAUACCACGUAUCAAAUAUUUGAUUUUAAAACCACGUAACUGCAAGACAGAUAUGUUACUAAAAUAGCAAUACAAUACUGCCAUUAUAGGCAUUAAUGCCUUUUUAAACAUUAGUCUGUGGACUGCAUUUUAAGUUAAUAGGUAUUAUAUAUUUUGUAUGUUUUAUUUUCGAAAUUAUAGAUUUAAUAGUAAAAUAGUGUACACUGCAUGACACUGACAUUUUAUUUAUAGUCGUUUUAUGUAUAAUGCACCUAGAUCAAUAUGACGUCGAAAAAACGAGCACAUGCAAUGGUCAAUUUGGUUAAAAAUCCUUGUCAACAUGCACAAUAUAAUAAACUGUUUGAAGAUAAUUCCCCUGUGAAAAGUGAUGAGUUUAUGGCAUCUUUUAUUAAAGAUAAUGACAUCAAAAAUACUACAGCUAAAGUUUCCUGUUUUAAUAUAGACAUUGAAGGAGUUGAAAAGUUUGACAUUUUACAAAAUGAUACAGCUAAAAUUUCUUGUUUGGAUAUAGAUAUUGAUGCUAUUGAAAUGUUUGAAAUUGUACAAACUGGUACAACUUGCAAUAAUGAUGGUGAUUGUAACACAAUUAAUAUUUUAGAAACUUCAACAGCUGAGCUAACUGAAGUUUCUUACACAGAUUUGAAUGUAGAUGAUAUUGAAGUAAAUAGUGAUAUUACAAAUGACCCAAGUAAUAAGAAAAAUUUAAAGAAACGUCCUACUGCAAUGGAGAAUAGAAUGUUUGGCCAAAAUUAUAUUGGGUUUCGUAGUUUGGGAAAAAAUGUAUUUCAAGAUACUAAUAGAGAUUGUAGAAAAAUCAAGCCUCGCUGUAAUUCUACUGUUUGUAUUAAAUCAAAGGAAUGCAAUAAACUAACUGAGGAAGACAGAUUGAAUUUGUUUAAUUGCUUUUGGGCAACAACUUCGGACGAAAAAAAGACUUACAUUAUAAAUUUAGUAACACAAGAAGAUACCAAGAGAAAGACUACAGGAAAAUAUGAAGUAAAAAGUAGACGAUCUUCAUCAUACCAGUAUCAUUUAAGAGAUAUUAAUGAAACGAAAAUUCGUGUAUGUAAAAAAAUGUUUUUGGCAACAUUAGAUUUAAACGAAUGGAUGGUUCACAACUGGGUCAAAAAGUCUAAUAACCUAUCACCUAAAGUAUAUAAAAAAAAUGUCAAAAAUAAAGAUCCUGAAACUAAUGAACAAAUGAACUAA